AUGCGCGGAAUAUGGUCCCAGUCCAAGCAGCAGGACCCUCAACAACAGGAAAUGGUGCAAGUUGAUCGUUCAGAUUCACCCUCGCCCUUCUGGAGAGGUCGUUCGAGUAAUUCGGCCACUGCCUCACAACGUGACAGCUCGCAGACCCGAGACCCCUCAAAAAUUGUCGGGGCUGCUUAUUCUCAUGCAGACAUGUUGAAAUUUGAGUCACUUUCCGUGCGGCCCAAGACUCCACCGCCUUCUAUACCAUCCCCUCCACUCCCUACCCCAACUCAUCGACCUGGGAGAAACUUUACAGAUUUCAUGUCUCAAACGGAUGAUGAUUGGGACGCAGACGUGAAAGAUGAGACUGCAGAUGAUUUUCUCCAACAGAAGAUAAAGCCUCCACGGUCCAUCGAGCACCGACCAGCUGUCAGCUCCAAGCUCAGCGGUAAUGGCAGCUCUACAGAUCUUUCCCGGGCACCAACGUAUCCCAGUCCUCGCAGGAAAGACACUCAGGGAUUGAAACCGCAGUUCGAGGGUUUGGUUAGGGACCCUGGUAAUUCCCUGCAUAUGAUAUAUCACCCAACCUUAUCUGCCGACACCCACACAGAGGCCGAGAUUGAGAGACUUAACUCUCGUAUCAAACGUAUAAAUAAGUUUAAGCGUAUACUCCAAUCUUCAACUGUCGAUUUGAAUGAAUUGCGCGAAAUAUCCUGGAAUGGCAUUCCAGAUGAAUUGCGGCCCAUGGCGUGGCAAAUGUUGCUUGGCUAUCUGCCUGCAAAUAGUGAUAGACGGAUAAACACCUUGGAACGAAAGAGAAAGGAGUUUAUAGAUGGUGUCAAGCAGGCUUUUGUAAGAGGUACUGCUGGUCUAGAUCAGACUAUCUGGCACCAAAUAUCCAUUGAUGUGCCCAGAACGAACCCACACAUCCCACUUUAUGGCUUCGAGACAACCCAGAGGUCAUUGGAGCGGAUAUUAUACGUUUGGGCGAUACGACAUCCAGCUAGUGGUUACGUUCAAGGGAUAAAUGACCUCGUGACGCCAUUUUUCCAGGUUUUCCUUUCUGCCUAUAUUGACGGAGAAGUGGAGACGUUCAAUCCCAACUCCUUGCCUAAAGAGGUCCUAGACGUUAUCGAAGCGGACUCUUUCUGGUGCCUGACCAAGCUCCUGGAUGGUAUUCAGGACAAUUAUAUACAUACACAGCCUGGUAUCCAGCGGCAAGUUGCUGGUCUACGAGACUUGGUGCAGCGAAUUGAUAACUCGUUGACAAAGCACCUUGCUGAGCAAGGAGUCGAGUUUAUUCAAUUCAGUUUCAGAUGGAUGAAUUGUAUGUUGAUGAGGGAGCUUAGCGUAAAGAACACCAUCAGGAUGUGGGAUACUUAUAUGGCAGAAGGACAAGCAGGAUUCUCGGAAUUCCAUCUCUAUGUUUGCGCAGCGUUUUUAGUCAAAUGGUCUGAACCGCUUCAGAAAAUGGACUUCCAGGAAACUAUGAUGUUUCUCCAGGCUCUCCCGACGCAGAGCUGGGGGGAGAAGGAGAUGGAGAUACUUUUAAGCGAAGCGUUUCUAUGGCAGAGUUUGUUCCGUAACUCAAGUGCUCAUCUUCGGCAAGGCGGGGCAGCCCACGUACCGACUAUCAACUUAUAG